UUUUGGGGUCCUUUCUUCCUGGCCGCUGCGACACCAGCUUCCAACCAGUCGAAGCAGCGGAGAAACGGGUGAAAUUAGGCCGAAUACGUCGUUAGACUGACCCGUCCGGUGGAACUAUGAUGGUUGGCAAAACGAGUGCCAUCGCGGCGGGCGUUUGUGGCGCUCUUUUAGUCGGUUACUGCAUUUAUUUCGACCGGAAAAGACGAAGUGAUCCCAACUUCAAGAACAGGCUACGAGAACGCAGGAGGAAGCAGAAGGCAGCAAAAGAACGAGCUGGUUUGGCAAAGCUCCCAGACCUGAAGGACGCUGAAGCCGUGCAGAAGUUCUUCCUGGAGGAGAUCCAGUUGGGGGAGGAGCUACUGGCACAAGGCGACUAUGAAAAGGGCGUGGACCACCUGACCAACGCCAUCGCCGUGUGUGGUCAACCUCAGCAGCUCCUUCAGGUGUUGCAGCAGACUCUGCCGCCGCCCGUCUUCCAGAUAUUGCUCACCAAACUGCCCACCAUCAGCCAGCGCAUCGUGAAUGCACAGAGUCUGAGUGAGGACGAUAUAGAGUGAUGUCAUCAUGAUUGUGCUUCCGUGACCUGCUAUGGACUGACUCUUGACCUCAAAGUUGCUUUGUUUCAUCCGGGAUGGCACACGCUUAUUAGAUCACUGCUAGGAUUGUUCUGGAAGUUUCUCCAAAUAUUUAUUGUUUUGUCUGUUGUGAUGUCAACUUUUUACAAAGUUACAAAAAGUGGAAACAUAAAGUGGGAACAAACUA